UAGAAAACGUUUAUUGCUCUUCGUUAUCGAACAUGGACAAAGUCGGUAUACUUGGGAGAGAUAGAGUUGAGAUACUUACGUGCGGCGCUGAAAUGGUGUAUCUAGAUAUCAACUGUGAUUUUAAUAUCACACUGGAGGGUGUUGAGAUGCAUGCCGCAGGUAGUGUGUCCUACAUCAGUGAAGCAGUACAAUCCAGCACACCCAUCUACAUGGACAAGUGCAUCCUGACUGUUUCAUUUAAAAACUUAACUGCAGGAUGGCAUUCGUAUUCUGUAAACAUGGAACUCAUAAAUGGCUCAGAUGUCAUUCAGGUUAAAAACAGCUCAUCAUUUUUAAGUGUAAAAUAUACGUUGCCGUCUGUAGACUUGAGCCCUACAUGCAAAUCCCAGGAUUCUAAGCCCAUGUAUCCUGGAGAAACUAGGACCUGCACAUGCAACAUGACCAACCCAGGCACUGAAGGCUAUGCUGGCUGGUACUUUAAUGGACUGGUGGAAGUCAUCACAAAUUUGACAAAACCUGUUACCGGAACUCAGAAUACAAUGCUGAACGUUUCAUAUGAAGAUGUUGACAAAUAUAAAAUAUUUUUCUGUGCACCGGUGACUCUUUUGGGUGGAACAAGAACGUUUUUAUCAUAUUCCCCUAAUUUGGCGACGGCACCAAAAAUAACAUCCUUCACUGUAAAUGGCACAAACACAGAUAUUGUGGUAGACCUGAACUCAACGCUUGUAUUUAACUGCUCUGCUAAAGGAGAUCCCAUAUCCAAAGUAGCAUUGGUACAAAAUGGAAAACAGCAUAAUUACAACCUAUAUGACAGACUAAUUACAUUCGUAAAAAUGACAGACUGUGAAAAAGCUGGACAAUAUUCAUGUCAAGCUAGUAGCCAAGGCUUCCCAGUGGCUGACACCAAAUACAUCAACGUGUACAUGCGCUGUCCCCAAGAGAUCUAUGACCAAAAUACACCUGCCAAGUACAGUGUGCUAUUGGGCACUAGGGCUGUGGUCAACAUCCAACUGAUUGGCUACCCAGCACCCACCAAGCUAAAGCUGGAAAAACAAAGUGAUGUCAACAUGACAGACUUUACUGUGGUAUACAGCAACACUACUGGCCCCAUUGGGAAUGUCAGUGUUGUGUUCAACAAAGCUGAAGACAAACACUUAGGCUGGUACAAACUUGUUGUUGGAAAUGGAGUUGGUGAAGACCUCAGCUACAAUUUCAAUAUUGUCAAAGGUUCCUCCAACAAGCUGAUGUCUUCUUACGGUGUCUUGGCAAUGUUCAUGUGGGCUCUAAUGUGGAAGUUUGCUUGAAAUUUACUUUCAUCAUUUUUGAAAAUUUACUUCUGGAUUAAUGGAUACUGGAUUUGUUCUCCCUGUAUUAGAUGUAGUUAUCAAGUAACUUGUAACAAGUAACAUUAGUUAUCAACAUAGUUGUGUCAUUGCCGUAUUUCUUUCAACGCAGCCCACGACUGGUGUACUUCAUGUAAUUCAAGUCACCUGUUUCAAGCUAGCUGUUAAUAAUUUUGUUACCAAAAAAUCUUUUUAAAUAAUAUUUUAACAAUUUUUUUAAUGGUUAAAUCUUCAAAUGAUGUCAUUUAAAAUUAAAAGUUAAUAAUUAUUGAAAGUUCUGUGUAGCGCUGAUGUAAUGUGGUUGAAUUAAUUUAAGUGAAUCUGUGUUUUAUCAAAUGUCUUUUAAUAUGGAUCAGUAUUUUAAAAUAUUACACAGUUAAAAUCAAGAGUCAGUUAUGGGACAAGUUUUAAAGGCUUCAUAGUAGACUUCAGAUCAACUUGUGUCAAUACUUUUCCUUUAAUUACUUUUUUAUACAGAAAGUAAAAUUGUUAUUAAUUUUCAGUCUUAAGUAAAAUAUUAGACUUGAUUUCCUCCAACAUAUAUUAAGUAGACCUAUUACAUGUCGAUGUGUUAUGUGUCAUAUGGCCCAUCGACUCUGAUUUAAGCCUGCUUUUCUAUCUGGAUAUGUUUCCAUAGCCUUUUUCUUUCCACGAACAAACAACAAGGCAGCAGUUGUUUCACCAAGAUGGGUUGCCUCAACAGCUCAGGCAUUUGAACUAGAUAUACUAUGAAUAUUAAUAAAUAGCAUCCACUGCUUCUAGCUUCUUUUUAAUGUAUAUAUAUAUAUAUAUAUAUAUAUAUAUAUAUAUAUAUAUAUAUAUAUAUAUAUAUAUAUAUAUAUAUAUGACUUUUCAGUCCCAAAAUCUAUCUGUGAACAACAGCUCUAACCCUUUUCACCAACUGUCUUUGUUUUGUUUAUUUGUAUGUUUGGUGUUUUUUUAGAAGCUAAAAAUAAAUAUUUAAAUUACUUAGACCUUUAAAGCUGUUAGAGAGAAAAGGGAGCUAACCUCUCUACCCAAUUCGUCUAUGAGCAGCUCUCUUUUCUCGAGUCAACAUAAGUUCUGCUACCCUAAUUGUUUUCUUCACUCCAAUUUCCUUUACCAGUAUUGCUGUGGAUAGCCAACUUUUCUUUUCCAGCCCUUGA